CUACCGGUGAAGAAACUUUAAUUGGCACAGAGCUGACCUAAACAAAUAAAUUCGGCACGGUGACUCCAAGAAGCUACGACAACGAGGCGCAGUCAGUUCGAUAGAUAGCCAGCAAUGGAUCCCACCAUUUCCGUGUCCAAGGGAUGUUUUGUCUACAAAAAUGGCGCUACGAGAGCCGGCAAAAAGGCGGCCGGCAAGCGGAAGCGCCCUGCUCCGGGAUCGAGCAGCCUCUUGAGCCAGGAUGUGGUGCAGCAGCCCUUCUAUGCGGAAUACCGCAACGCCUGGAACCAGGUGAACGACCACAUUGCCGAUCUGCAGCAGCGCAGCUAUGCCCGCACUCUGGAGCAGCUGGUUGACUUCGUGGUUGACCAAGGGCUGUGCACCACUAUGGACGAGGUACUUCCCACCGCCGCCUUGCUAACCGGCAUCAAUCAGCCGGAUCACCUUAGCCAGUUCACGGCGCUCACCCAAAGACUCCAUGCCCAGCGGGCUGCAAGGGUCUGUGUCCUGCAGUCGCGGGAUUGCGCCACCCUCAAGGCUGCCGUAGAGUCCUUGGUCUUCGGGCUCGUGGAAGACGAUGCGGAGGCUGAGAACGUCGAUGAGGAGGAUGAGGACGUGGCGGAACGGGAUCGCAAGCGUCUGCGUCGUUCGCAGUGCACCAUGAAGCAGCUUAAGUCCUGGUAUUCCAACAAUUUCGACUCGGAGCGAAAGCGCCGCCAGCUGGUAGUCAUAUUGCCCGACUUUGAGUGCUUCGGCGCCAGCGUCCUCCAGGAUCUCAUCCUGAUCCUAAGUGCCCACUGCGGGACACUGCCGUUCGUCCUGGUCCUGGGAGUGGCCACGGCCAUGACGGCGGUGCACGGUACUCUGCCCUACCACGUCAGCAGCAAGAUUCGCCUGCGGGUCUUCCAGACUCAGGCUGCCCCCAUGGGCCUUAACGAGGUGCUGGAUAGAGUUUUGCUGUCGCCCAAGUACGCUUUUCACCUCUCGGGAAAGACCUUCAAGUUCCUGACCCACAUAUUCCUGUAUUACGACUUCUCCAUCCACGGUUUCAUUCAGGGCUUCAAGUACUGCCUGAUGGAACACUUCUUUGGUGGGAAUGCGUAUGCGCUUUGCACCGAUUACAGCAAGGCCUUGGGGCGCAUUAAGCAGCUGACCCACGAGGACAUGGAGACCAUCCGACGGCUACCCUCGUUUCGGCCGUAUGUCGAGCAGAUCAAUGAUUGCAAGCGCAUCAUAGCCGUCCUUACCGACGACGAAUACCUAAAGAAGAAGUUGCCGCAGCUGCUGCGCGACUGCCUGCUCCACUUCCUGCUUUUUCGCAGCUCGCUGGAGUUCCUCACGGAACUGGUGGGGGAUCUUCCGCGCUGCCCUCUGGGAAAGCUGCGUCGUGAGUUGUAUGUAAACUGCCUUAACCGACCGACCAUCACAACGCCGGAGUACAAGGAGUGCCUGCAGAUGCUAAGUUUUUUGUCAAAGGACGAGUUUGUGGCCAAGGCAAACCGCUGCCUGGACAGAACCGAGCAAUUCCUUGCUGAAGAGAUAGCCCCCCUAGAACUUGGCGAGGCCUGCAUCGCUGUUAUGCGACCACAGCUGGAAACUAUACGCCAGUCGGUAGCCGAUGUGGUAAGGGCAACCAUGGCGACGAUUACAACGACAUCGCCCGACGAGGCCCGUCCGGCCACAGAUCAUCUGACUCAAGUGGCUUCUCGUCAGGAGCUCAAGGAACAGCUGUUGCAGCGUAGCAAGGAGGACAAGCACCGGCAUCAGCUGAAUACUCCUACCACUCAGUUCGCUCGGGCUGUGCAGAAAACCCUACAUCUCAUCGAGACACUUUUCGUCCAGGACCAUCUCCGCCCGCUGCAGGAUGCACCUCCUAUCCACGAACUGUUCGUGUUUAGCGACAUUGCCACCGUGCGCCGAAACAUAAUCGGAGCCCCUCGGGCGGCGCUGCACACUGCCCUGAACAAUCCGCACUUUUACAUGCAGUGCAAGUGCUGCGAGCUUCAAGAUCAGUCACAGCUGGUCGGCACUCUGCCCGAUCUCUCCGUGGUAUACAAGCUGCACCUGGAGUGCGGGCGAAUGAUAAAUCUCUUCGACUGGCUGCAGGCCUUCCGAUCUGUGGUGAGUGGCAGCGACAACGAGGAUGCGGCCCAGGAGCAAAUCGAUCCACAGAUCCAAGCCCGCUUCACACGAGCCGUAGCCGAAUUGCAGUUUCUGGGGUACAUAAAGAUGUCGAAGCGCAAGACGGAUCAUGCCACCCGAUUAACCUGGUAGCUCGGGAUAUGAAGAACCCAACUCCUUUAGCGAAUGUUAUUUUUCUAUUUAUUGGGGAACAUGUGUGGGACGUAAUAAAUAAAUAAAAGAUCAA